AUGGCAGAAAGAUCUGUGUUGUCUCAGGAACCUCCACCGGGUAGCCAAAGUGAUGACUUUUGGAGUGCUCCUCCACCAAACACCUUUAAAUUAAAUGUUGAUGCAGCUACUAAUAAUGGAGGAAGAGGGGGAGUUGGUGUAGUUAUUAGAGAUAGUGAAGAGGUAGUUGCAGCAGCUGCCACGUUGGAAAUUGCCUCAUCUCUUUCAGUUAGAGAAGCUGAGGCUAUGGCUUGUUAUCUGGGUCUGGAAUUUGCAAUCCAAUGCUGUUUUUUUGAUAUUGAGUUGGAAGGAGACAAUAUAAAAACAGUGAAGGCCCUUAAAUCUGAAUACCCAUUUGGAGGUUCUUUUGGAGUGAUAAUUUUCAAUUGCAAAACCUUUUUGAAUAGGUUCAGAGUUUAA